AUGAGUUUAGCUAUUGGCCGCUGGCGAAAGAGGGACGACCGUCCUGCGCCCAUUGGCGCCAAAAGCGAACGCAAGGCUGCUUCCUUGACCGUGAGGAACACGUUGUUGGACACCUUGCAUGAGAAGAUCUUGACUGGAUCCUACACUGGAGCCAAGGGAGAGACCUAUGAACUGCGAUUGCUGGACUCCGAGCCUGCCAACAGCAGCACCUGGAAUUGCACUCGCACUGGAAGUGAUGGGGCCAGCAAGAAAUUCACCAUUUGGUUUGACGAAUCCACACAGAGGGUGUGGUGGGGCAGUUGGACCUACUACUUUGAUCCUGCCGAAGCCGCCGAGUCGGGCUCACGCAUCAACUGGUAUAAACUUGGGCCCGGAAAGGGCUUUGAGUGGCACCGGGCAGCCACUGACUGCAAAGAGGCCAAGGAGGAAAUGCCUGUUUUGAAGGACAUCAAGGCCUAUUCCUUGCCUGGUACCGGUGUGCUCCCGGUACGUACAGAUUUUAAGCCUCCUCCCGGAUUGGAACAACCCGCCGAGUUACAGCUUUUUACAGAGCUGCCGGAAGGACAGGUUUCCGGUAAGGAGAACUGCAAGGAAGAUACAGAUCACAAGGCGGAUGAUGAGACGAGCGCGGGUUCUGCCCGGUCCCCUCAUGACACUGACACUGAGCAAUCGGAGGCAGAUGAGAGGCUCCAUUCCCAUGCAUCCAACUGGACGCGGAAAUCGGACCGACGCCAUUGGCAAGUGAAGGCAAACGAGAAGACCGAUCCACAUCUCCGUGCACCUGAGCCGGCCACGCGUUGCACGCAACGUAGCUGGCAACCACAGCUCUGGCGGAGAGGAGAGUGA